UUCACCUGAUGAAGAUUCAAACAAUGGAUCCUGGAGUAAGGGUGUGAAAAAGAAUCAUCAAGGUUCAUUAGAUAAACAAAGGCUUCAGCUUCUGAAAUGAGGGCCACUACUUCCAAACAAGCAAGAAAAGCACAUAUGCCAGGGUCAUCAUGCAACAGAACAGAUGCUGAGACCAUAAACAGGGCAGCUGCACACCCACACGUGACGAAAGAUCUGAGAGUAUCUCUAAUCAAGUGCCGUGCUGAAGAAGCUGAUCUAUCUGGAGACCACAAUAAGACCAGAAUAGAGUCUGAAGAUGAGUCUUCCAGUAUGAGUGCUGAUGAUGAGCCACUUUUAAAACUGAAGACAAGUUUAAAGUCUCUUUCAAAGCAAAAAACUUCAUCACAAAGCAAACAACCAUUAAAACGCAACGACAAAUUACUGAAAGAGUGUUCCAGUGACACAGAUGAUGAGCCACUAUCAAAAAAGAAGAGGCUAAAGGUUCAGUUAGAAGUUACAUAUUCAUCAGAUGGCAAGAAAACAAAAAGAGGUGGAAACAAGUUACUGAAAGAACAUUCUGAUGAAAGCACAGAUGAUGAGCCACUGGCAAAAAAGAGGACUGGGUUAAAGGCUUCGGACAACAAGAAGUCAAAAUCAACACCUGGAUGCAAUUUAUUGAAAGUUAACUAUACAGAGGAUUCCGCUGAGAGUGCAGAGCAUUCUGCUAAAAGCACAGAUGAUGAGCCAUUGGCAAAAAAGAGGACUGGGUUAAAGGCUUCGGACAACAAGAAGUCAAAAUCAACACCUAGACGCAAUUUGUUGAAGAUUAACUAUUCAGAGCAUUCAGCUGAGAGUGCAGAUGAUGAGCCACUGGCAAAAAGGAGGACAGGGUUAAAGGCUUCACCACACAACAAGAAACCAAAAUCAGCACGUGGACAUAAUUUAUUGAAGGUUAAUUAUGCUGAGUCUUCCAGUGAUGAUGAACCUUUGUCAAAAAUGAAGAGAAGGAUAAAGGCUCCAGCAGGUCUCAAGCGUUCAACAGACAGAAAGAAAAUAAAACGAGGACAUGAUGACAAAUUACUGAAAGGGUCAAAAAGCAACAGAUCACAUGAUGAAACCUUAAUGAAGGCUGCACACCCGCAAGUGACUAUGGACCUGAAAGUAUGUCUCACGAGGUGCCCAGUUGAAGAAGCUGACCCGUCUGGGGAUGUUAACAAAAGUGGAACAGCAGAGCCACCCAAUGUUCAAGGACUCACUGGGACUAAAUGUCAUCACUCUGAGGAAUCAGCAGAAGAAACAUAAAGCGUUUAACAGUAUGAUGAAAUAAGUUUUUGACCUUUUACUUCUGAGUUUGGAUGCUGACGUUGCUCAGUUCAUUGUUAUUGUUGGGUGUGUCUCACUUUAUUUCUAGUUGGUACAUAGCACUACAUGUUUGGUUGGACAUGUGCAGGGCAAGUUUCAAAUUACCUUUAAGGUCAGCCUUGACAUGAAGGAUAUUUUAAUUACAUAAUGGGAGGGAUAAUAAUAUAGACAUUAUUAUUAAGUCUUUUUUAUGCAUUUUUGAAAAAUAGAUAUUCAGACAGUUGACUAAAGUAAAAAAUUAGUGCAGGGGCUUAUAUAAAAUCACAAGGCACUUCAAAGUGGUCAUAACCCAGGGUGGGUCAAGAUAUGCUGAAGUGGUAUUGAUGAGGACUAGUUAACCCUGUAUUAAAACAACCACAAAAAAAAAAGAUGAUUGUGAAGUCCCUGGUAUACCCCCCCCCCCCCCCCCCCCAAAAAAAAAAGAUCAAAACAAGUCCUCACUGUGUAAUGUUUAAUAUGAUCAAAUCUGAAGUCAUUGAUGUUUUCCUUGCUUAAUUUUAAGUUGUGUUUUUAGUCUCACGUUAUAACUUUGGGAACCAAUUUUAAUGGAUUUCAGGGUAUUUCAUUUCCAGUCAGUGGAGUUCCUCCAUUGUUAAUCCUGUUAUUUAGACUUAGUUACAUGUCUAGCUCUGUAAGUUGUUAGUUGAGAAUGCAGCAAAGAAAAUAUCUAGAUAUGUUGAUGUGACAUUGAUGAGGACAAGUUAAACCUUUAUUAAAACAU